UUCUGAUCAACAUUUGAUUUGUUAUAAAAUAAAAUCUGCUGAUACAUAUCAAAUUUUAUCAAACAAAAUUUCUUUGUAUCAAUAAAUUUUUUUCAUAUCAUCUUUGGGAAUUGCACAGUGUGCUUGCCACCCCACAAGGGUUGAGCCCAAUUCCUAUUUUGACUUGCAGAUACAUACCAAGAUACACCUUUAGUUGGCUGGUCAAACCUAUGUGGUGGGUCAUAAAGUUUCUUCAUAGGGCCGCUGAUCUUACACUGGUUCCAUCAGCUGCCCUUGCAAAGGAGCUUGAAGCAGCUAGGGUAACAGCAGGUAACAAGAUUCGUCUUUGGAAUAAGGGUGUUGAUUCCGAAAGCUUCUAUCCCAAAUAUCACUCUCAAGAAAUGCGAAUAAGACUAAGCAAUGGGGAGCCCGAGAGACCAUUGAUAGUCCAUGUUGGACGACUAGGAGUUGAGAAGAGUUUGGAUUUACUCAAAAGUGUCAUGGACCAGAUACCGGAGGCACGAAUUGCUUUUAUUGGAGAUGGACCAUACAUGGAGGAUCUGGAAAAGCUGUUCUCCGGCAUGCCUGCCGUAUUCACAGGGAUGUUAGGAGGUGAACCCUCAACUUUCCAAUAAGGCCAAGGGGAAUAAAAACACUCAACCAACUGGGAGAGGAAUGAAUAUUGAGAUUUUGAACUUCCAAAAAUGUUACUCAUCGAUAUAUCAGUUGAUACAUAUGAGCUGAUAAAUACUGAUAUGUAUCCCA